GCUGUGUGGAAAAAGUAUGGAGUUCAACACUGUCAUUUGGCAGGAAUGUUGAGACGCUCGCAAAAUCUUGGCUAUCAUCAUGGAUGUGCCGAGCGAUGUCUAGCAGUAGCACACGACGGAUCGAAAAGGUAAAAGAGUGAUUGUAAAGUCCCCUCCCCCCCCCCCCCCCCCCCCCAAAAAAAAAAAAAAACAAAAAAAAAAAAAACAUUCCGAUUGUUAUGCAUCAUAAUUGAUCAACAAAUAUUUCGAAUAUGCCGUAACGCAACAGCUUACAAGGAAUUGGCCAUGGUUUUUUGAGAAGUGAAUGUAACUAUGAACUAGUUUUUGUUUUAAGAAAAAUAUAACACGCAAAUUUUACAAUGCAAUACAAUUUGUGAUUAGAGCAAAAUGUAUUUUACGACAUUGAUGGAAACUUCGCCAACCAGUUUGUUAAUUAAAAAAAAAAAAAUGUUUUGGUCUUGACUUUCUACUUUUUUUUUUUUAUUACAGAUUCGUUUUGUUUAAUGAAAUCUCGAACCCAAAGAGCAAGCUGUGCGUUAUUUUAUUCUUAAGUUAAUCUCUGACGUGUGUUCCGUGGAAUGUUUAGUCUGUUUGCCGACCUUACUGAACCUUUCAAAGUGGGCACAAUAGCAGUGGCGUGGCUAGGGCUAGUGGCCCCCGAGGCAAGCCAAGAUAUUUGCUGCCCCGUUUCAUGAAAAUAAAAACCGAAAAUGCCGCCCCUCGAUAUAAAGAAAAAAAAUGGCACUGGGGGUGGGCCGCCCCCACCCGCACCCCCUUCCUGCGCCACUGCACAAGAAUACAGGAAUGCCUCAUAUCCCUUAUUCUUUUAUAGAUGGCUACUGACAACCCCACAGGACACAUUACACAAGGGAAGAGAAGCAAGGAAUACAGUGGGUGCAGACAUCAGUGCUCAAAGACCAGGGUUACUCCAAUGGCAUUCGAUUCAUUCGAACCAAUUUUCUUUAAUUACACUUUUUUGUUGUUGUAAGUCUUCGAAUUUGAACAGUUCAAACAUGAUUCACCUCAUUACGUUUUUUUUUGUGACAGAAUAUUUAUUUCUUUAUUUC